GUUGUCAAAACAUCGUUCGUCUCACGAGGACUUUUCAGUGGAAAGAACCAGAGGAAUUUCGGUGAAUUUGCAUGCAGAAAUGCAAAAUGGUGUCGAAUGGUGUGUUAGAAUUUGUCCGUGAAGAUGACUACAUCGAGUACUACUUGUUUCCUCGACUGGAAGCUGCAGAAAACAGCCAAAACGAGGAGCUGAAUGAGAUCCUAGUGCAAGUGGAAGGAGUUUCAGAGGCGUUUUGUCGUGGCUACAUUUGGCACAGGGAUGCCUUUCGUGUGCGAGCUCGCCCCGGAAACGCUCAUCUGCUGAUUGAUCAUCAAGGCCAGACGCCGGGCGAUGUCGAAAGUCUUCCGGCUCAUCUCUAUGGAAUCUCUCACUAUGGGGACAAUAUUGAGGAUGAAUGGUUCAUCGUGGCUCUGCUGUACGAACUGACACGUCAGAUUCCAGGUCUGGUUGUUCGCACAGUGGACGGAGAUGGAGAAUUUCUUCUGAUUGAGGUGGCCAAUCAUCUCCCCAACUGGGCGAAUCCGGACACUUGCCAUCAGUGUGUCUUCAUUGCCGACGGGGCGCUGCAUCUUAUCCGGAACGACGCGGAAGACACUCCUCGAGCUGUGACUGAAAGUGUCACACAAAUUCGAUCAGAUCUCUCUCGUCAUCGCGUGAGCAAUGAGAUUGAGAACAGCAUUCUUCGGCGCACCGGAAGUUAUCCGGCCAGAAUCGCUGAGAAUCUCCACCGUGCCACUGCCUAUGUGCCUGUGGGCGUUGCUGCCCUCCUGCGACACAAGCCCACACUGAUUGCCAGCGCCAUCCGGGAGUUCUGCAGUCGUGACGCCGUGGACAUGAAAGUGUGUCGCGCCAUGCGAUUCUUCCCACCUGAGAAUCGUGUUUACACCAGAAUCACCUUCACUAAGUGUCUGUAUGCCAUGUUGAUGCACUCCAGCUACACUCCUGACCGCCGCACAGGCUGGAAUCUGCCCAACAGCUCAAGCAAGAGCUUCCCAUCGCACAGUUUGGGCAUGAAAAUUGCGUGUGGCUUCGAAAUUCUCGCCUCUCAAGCCAAACCAGAGGCGGACUUCAACACAAAUCGCCACUGGAUCAAGUACGUGGAGAGUCUGCGUGAGAAAGGCUACUUCCAGGACUUCCUCGAGGGCUCGAAGGAUCAUACUCGCCUGAUUGACGCCGCUAAAGACUACUAUCGCACCAACAUCAUCGAUUUGCGCGAGAAUACACUCACUGGCCAGCAAUUGCUCGAUGAUCUCAAGUCCAUCGACCUGAGUAUUGACGAAUUUAAGAAGCUGGAACCAUCAUUGCCUCCCAAUGAUGACGAAUCCUGGCUCAACAUUGCUCCGGAAGAGCUGGACAAAAUGCUGCAAGAUCGCUAUGGAGACAGCGCAGCUCAAGUGAAUGGAGAUUGUGAGGACAUUGCCGGGAAACUUUCAGAAUUCCUCGCUCAGAAGUCAUCCGCCGAGGGUGUGGAAGUUGAGUCAACCACGCCACCAAUUCGUCCUCAGCGCGGCGUGAAGAAGGCAAAGGGAAAAGUACAAUUUGCCUCUACUGCUGCAGAAGAUACCGUGGACUUCGAUCCUGAUGCCUUUCAGUCGCACGUGAAGAACCUUCUUGACCUCGUGAUUCCCGAAGACAAGUGGGAUGACUCGAAUUCUGACAUGAGCGACUACGGAGACGACACGGAAAUAGACAGAAACAUCGACGAGAUGAACAUUGUAAAGACAGAAACGAAUCUGGACGUCUACAUGAAGCAGAUGGACAAGGAGCUGGCAAAGACAACAAUUGGAGAGAGCUUUGAGAAGAAGACUCCAUCAGCAGAUGAUGCUUUUGACGACAUUGAAGACUUCACACCGGUGGACAUUGACCUCAAUACGCUGAAGAACAUGAUGGAGAGCUACCAGGCACAGCUGGGCAGUCCUGGACCGGCGUCCAAUCUCCUGGGAUCGAUGGGUGUGCGACUGAAGCCGCCAGGACCUAACCAGAACACACAGGAAUAGAAUUCCGCGCAUCUUCUCAUCUCCGCCUGUGAACUUCCACUGAGCUUUACAUGACAUUCUAGCAUAAAAGCACAUAUUUCUUGUUAUACGCCCAAUGCUAGAGGACACCGAAGGCUUCCUCUGGCACUUAUUGACUGCUUUGCAAAAUCCUUCCAAUGGAAAUAAAUUCAAUAAA